CUGGUAUACAUCCCCUGGCCGAGUAGGCAAGCGACCAGCUUGAAAGUUUCAUUUAAAGCCGGUGCCGUGCGGGGGUGCGCGCAGGGAGAUCCGGAGCCGUGUUUGCGCUUCUGCGUCCGUUGAUUUCAAAGUAUCUAACCCAGUUGUGUGGCUUUUUGAUUGGUGCGAUGGACGGCUCCAAGAAUCUUGCAAAUGUUUUUCUUCUAUACAACAAUUACAUGGAAGAAGAACAAAACCUGAGAGAGGAGAUACGGGCCUUGGUGCGCGAAUUAGAGCAGACUGCUCGAGAAAUGACAACCAUUCUGCAAUCUGUCCAUCAACAAGAUGGCAUACAGAAUGUUGCCAGUGUCUGCGAGAAGACGAGGAGUUACUACCCUGCCAUCAAAGCUCACUACUCAUCACUGGCAGCGAAGGUUCCCAAAGACCAGUACUACAGGUUCCACGACCACUGGCGGUUCGUGACGCAGCGCAUGGCGUUUGUGUCGGCGCUGCUCGUAUACCUGGAGUCAGAGGAGCUGGCCACGCAUGAGGCGGUGGCCGACGCCAUGGGAGUCGUGCUGACCAAGGAGGAAGGGUUCAUCCUGGAUCUGGAAGACUAUCUUGCUGGUCUACUCAUGCUUUCGGCAGAGCUGUCGCGGUUUGUGGUUAACAGCGUGACGGCAGGCGACUAUCUGCGGCCGUUCCGAGUGGCCAACUUCCUGAGCGAACUGAGCGCCGGCUUCCGCCUGCUCAACCUCAAGAACGACGGACUGCGCAGGCGCUUCGAUGCGCUGAAGUACGACCUGAAGAAGGUGGAAGAGGUGGUGUACGACCUCUCGAUUCGCGGACUGAAGCCGAAGCAGGAGACUUAGUGGGCGGCUGGCGAAGGAGAGGACUGCAACACAGAGGACGCUGUCGGGUCGUCUGCGGUUCUCUGAUCUGAGAGGGUUGCCUUAUCCCAAAACCAGGGGCGUCUUGUGAUGUUUGUGGUAUUAUGUCGCUUUUAUCAUAUAAGUGCACGUUUUGUUUGUGCUUUGUACAGCCAGGCUGUGCAAGCGAGACAGCUUGCGAAGUGAUACAUUCUGUUCAGCGCCGUGCGACAGGCAACUCCUAAAUCCAGUCAUUCGUUCACGAUAGCACUGAACAGGGUGAGCGAUGGUAUAGAGCGCAUGUAACUUUUCAUAGAGAAUCUUGUCAGUACAUGAUACUUUUUGAGUCA